AUGAGUCAGCCGCAGGUCUUGUGCUGGCGCCGAUCAAGAAGCACUGCGGAUAAAGGACUACAGGCUGGUGGAACGUUGGAAGAACUUCGAGUGAAAUAUAACGAAAAUAUCGGUGCGAAUCUUAGUUCUCAUUCCAGUGGUUCAAGGUCGGGUAUCUUAUCGGCACGAAGCUCAAUAUAUGUGGAUCUCGGACAAUUCCUUGACUUCGACGAUCUGCUGCCGAUGAUUGGGGAGUUUGGACUGUUUCAGAAGCUUCUUUUCCUGUUCAUGAUACCCUUCACCUUCAUAGCUGCCUUUGUGUAUUUGGGUCAGAUAUUCAUGACGCUGGCACCGCAUAAUUUUUACUGCCUUGUGCCGGAGCUGUCGGUUGUAACGGACGAGGCAGAACGCAAGGAACUCUCAAUACCCCGGGAGGAGGAUGGCUCCUUCAGCCACUGUUUGAUGUACGAUGCCAACUACACGGCCAUCCACUUCGCGUUCAACCGCAGCAUAUUUCUGAAUUCGACAUGGCCCACGAUUCCCUGCAAAAAUGGCUAUGUCUUCGAUACGGUGGAAAUGCCCUUCCGCACAGCCACCAUGGAGUUUGGGUGGGUCUGCGAUAGCCAAUACUAUGCCACCAUUGCCCAGAUGAUCUUCUUUUUGGGAUCGAUUCUGGGUGGUCUGGGCUACGGACGCUUUGCCGAUCUAUGUGGCCGCCUAUCGGCUUUGGUUAGCAGCUGUUUCCUCGCCCUGAUCGGAAGUCUCUUCACCUCGAUUACCACAAACUUUGCGGGCUUUGCUGCUACGCGAUUACUCGUGGGUGCCUCCUACGAUACUUGUUUCACCAUGAUCUACAUACUCGUCCUCGAGUAUGUGGGUCCGAAGUAUCGCACCUUUGUGGCCAACAUGUCCCUGGCCAUCUUCUACGCACCCUUCACCAUGCUGAUGCCGUGGCUGGCUCUGGGCUUCUCACAUUGGCGAGUAUUUUCAUCCUUGUGUGCCAUUCCCAUUUGCCUGUCGCUGCUCUCCUUCUGGCUAUUGCCCGAAUCAGCGCGGUGGCUGGUGUCGGUCGGUCAGAUCGACAAUGCCGUGGACCUGUUGAAGCGAGUGGCACGUAGGAAUAACAAGUCGGUGCCUCCCGUCGUCUUUGAGCACUUCAAGUUCAGUUGCCAGCAGUUCUACAAGGAAGAGUUGCAGGGCCGAAGUUUCACCAUUUGCUCGAUCUUCAAGAAGGGGCGCAUGGCUCGCUAUAUGGUCCUUAUGAUCUUGAUUUGGAUGGCCAUAUCGCUGGUCUACGACGGACAUGUGCGGGCUGCCAGUGUCCUGGACAGUCACAAUGUCUUUGUUUUCUUCACCAUUGCUUGCGCCACCGAGUUGCCGGGUAACAUUCUGGUGAUCCUCACUCUGGAUCGCUUCGGACGUCGUUGGUGUGCCUUUGUCUUUACCUUCUUGAGCGGAAUCUUCAGCCUCGUGGCUGCCUGUAUGAGCAAACCCAAGCAUAUGCUGGGAGCAGCGUUGGCUGGACGCUUUUUCGCCAACAUCUGCUACAACAUCGGACUCCAGUGGGCGGCCGAGGUGCUGCCGACGGUGGUGCGAGCACAGGGCGUGUCCUUUAUUCAUACGAUGGGCUAUGUGUCUAUGCUAAUGUCGCCACCGGUCGUCUUUCUCUCCCAAGUUUCCUCCUCCCUCAUGCUGAUCAUUCUGGGCGUCCUUGGACUGCUGGGCGGAAUCCUCGCACUCUUUCUGCCCGAGACCCUCAACCAUGAUCUCCCCCAGACGCUCAGCGACGGCGCCGAGUUCGGAAGGGAGCAGCGUAUCUGGCAUGGGCCCUGCUGUGGUCCAGGCUCGAAGCGGGUCAAAAGACCCCAACGCCUAUGGCAUCAAGGCUCCAGCCUGCGGACGAUCUCCCGUGAUGAGUUCCGUUCCACCAAAAUGCAUCGAGUGGCGAGGAUAGCCCCGCGAAAGACACAUAUUUCCAGCCAAGACACGCUAGACACAGAGAAAACGAUCCAAACCUACACAUUUGAACAUGCUAAAAACUGAAGUCCGAACGUUGGGAUA